GUAACUAACUAGUUAAAUAUGACGAUCCGCAGAGGAACGAACGGACGAAUAAAUAAACUCGCAUUAUGUUGAGUUCGCAGUUAAGCUGAGAAAUGCGGCCCUAAAUAUACGCGUAUUCGCAACCCUCGUUUCUAGCCAUACACCGCAUACCUACUAGGCAGAGAGAUCUGCUCGUCUUCUCAUCUAUGCGCGUAUAAAAACGACGUUCUUGGGCUGAACAGGCGGAGCAUCAGGCGGUGCUGCUCUCGUUUGGGCUGAUAAUCAUCAACGUCCAGCACUCAAAUUCGCCAUGAAGGAGCAAACUAAGUGACGAAAUAAGGGGUCAAAAUGCUCUUUUUCUCGGUCCUAUCAACGUCGUCUUGAGAGUCCACAGAUUUGCAUAUAAAUAUCAGGAUGGGAUGCUCUCCCAUGAGAGAACCAUCAUCACAACAAUUACGCACAUUGUUGUCUCUUCUUUUUAUCAUUAAAACGAACGGCCCAGUGCAAAAUGUUUUGGUCCCUCGCCCCUAUCGUUCUUCCCCUUCUCUCCCUAACAGGGGCCAAGGGCGUGCUUCUAACAGAAGAAUGUCCGCUUCUGGGGCCGACUUUCUCUUCAGAUUUUGACCUGGACAAAACGGAUGCUUUCACCAAGGCAAAGGACUCCUUCCCCGGAGUGGUUGAAGCUCUAUUCGAAUCUGGAGUCAUUGAUAGCUCCGUGUCCUCUUUCGCCAUUGACGUCUAUUCAACCGUCACCAACAAAUCGGUCUACUCUUAUUUCCACCAGGCUACAGCUCCAGCUCUUAACGAAACUUUCCCUGCCGGUGGGAUAGAUGAUGGGACUGCCAUUCGUGUGGGCAGCGUCUCCAAGCUGUUCACUGUCUACGCCAUCGUGGCUCAUGCGGGCGGCAUGGCAGUUCUUGAUCACCCGGUGACGAGGUAUCUGCCGGAGCUAGCCUGUGAGUCCCCCAAAGAUGCCGACGAUGGUCCCCUGAAACGCAUUGCCUGGGAAGACAUGACGGUUGGGGCACUUGCUAGCCAUAUGGGUGGUACCGGCCAGUUCCCGCCAGAGUUUACAGCUUGUUAUUCACCCAUCCCGGAGAAAAAUGAAUGUUCCAUUCCAAAAUUCCUCGCGCAGAUGCGGGAUGCGAAAGUCCCAAGCCAACCCAUAUUUCAAUCUUCACUUUACUCCGACAGUGGCUUUGGCGUACUAGGACGUGUGCUCGAGCGCAUGACAGGUCUUACAUACAACGACGCGAUUCAGAGCGUUCUUGCCAGGCCAUUGGGGCUCAAAAUUACUGGUUCGAUAUUGCCUCCAGGCAAAAACCCGAACGCGGUUAUCAUUCCAGGAAAGACUCCAGUGCCAGGUGAAGCUCCGGAAACCGCCUGGGGUUACGAUAACCAAAUCAUUGCGCCCUCCGGUGGCAUCUAUUCUAAUCUCGCCGAUCUCCGCGCAACGGGCCUCUCCAUUCUUCAGUCUAAGCUGCUUUCCCCAGUCACUACCCGCCUCUGGAUGAAACCUCGCGCACACCUCUCAUCGCUAACUACUAGCGUCGGUGCACCGUGGGAAAUCAACCGCCUAACAACCUCCAUCUCGCCCAAUUCCAACCGCACGCGCGUCACCGAUAUUUACACCAAAGGCGGCGGUCAGCCCGGGUACACUACCAUAUUCGCCCUAUCCCCCGACCACGGCCUUGGAUUUUCCGUCCUCGUCGCCGGUAAAACAGCCAGCGGUGACCGCUGGCCUCUCCGCGCCGCAGUUGGCGAAACCUUUGUCGUAGCCGCUGAGCAUGCCGCCAUGGAAAAUGCCGCGAAGAAUUUCGCAGGUACCUUCUACGAUGAAGCCGAUGGAGCCUCGAAUGCAACACUGGCAGUUGAGGCAGACCAUACGGGCCUGGAACUCAAGUCCUGGUUUGUAGACGGCGUCGAGUGGCGGGCAAACAUCACACUGCCCGGCUUGGUCUUGCCUGAGGGGGUGGGCCAGACCGUGCGUCUGUACCCUACUGGCCUGGAAUUUCCGUCAGAUGAUGGUUGGACACUCCUCCAGUACCGAGCUGUGCCCCAUCUAACUCCUGCGCAGCCGCGUGCGGCGGUAGAGGGUGGUGAAGGGCUGUUUGAUGACGGUUGCACAUCGUGGUUUAGCACUGCGUUCUUUGACCUGGGGAUCGGGGUGAUGGAUGAGUUUCUGUUGAAGGUGAAAGAGGGGAAGUUGGUAGAAGUGCGGAACCAGGUUUCUGGGAAAGUGAUGAAGUUGGGAAAAUAAGAUGGGAUGGGAAGAUAGGGGAGGGGGGUAGCAUUUCAUUCUUUUUUUUGUUUUUGAUUUAUUUCUAGAUUAGUACUAACAUUUUCAUUCUUGUUGUAAAUUACACAUUAACUUAUAUAAGAUGUUACCUGGAUGGUUUAUUACCUGCAAUGAAAUCAUCUUUACAUUGCCCAAUAAUCAGAUAUGUAGCUGGACAUGACAUGAACAAGACCCUAACUUGACUGUUAAGUGUCUUGUGCAAAAGCUAAUCAAUUAGCGGUGAAUGAACCUUGAAAUCCGAUUCAGGGGGUGUGAAAUUGCAGUGAAUAGCAACAGCAACAACAUAACCAAGAGCUAACUAGCCCAUGUGCAGCUCUCAUGAAUCCUCUCAGAGUGAUAUAGAUGACAAGCUCAAGGCUAAUUAAGUUAGCACAUAG